AUGGUGACGAGGAUGAAAGAACAUCGACCCAAAUGCAGCAAUCGAAUCGUCGCCAACCUUCGAGUAGUAGUUGCCCAAAACAAUCAAAGCGGACUUGGCUGCGAUGCGCACCAUGGGAGAAGCGGUUUGAGCCUUGUUGUCAAGCAUGCCUUCAACUCGUUCGAACUCGGCGAUGACAUCCCAAGUGCGAGGCGUUGCAUCUUGGAACUGAACCGUCAGGGUCUUGAGGUAUUCGCCAAUGUCAAGGAGCUCUUUAACGAUAUCAAGUGCGUCAUCAGGAAGGGCGAAUUGGUCCACGAUGUUCGAGGGUGUGUCGUCGCGCGCCAUAUAGUAGUCGAUGGCACUCGAGAACAGAACAUGGCUCUGAAGGCAGAGGUGAAUAGAGUUCCAACGCGUCGCAUGACCAUCAUUCCUACGAUCGCCGAUUUUGCACAACACGUUUCGGGACUGAGAGUCAAAUCCUCCGACAAACACAGAUGGCAGCAGUCGGUCGUUGCCACCGCCAAGGACCGACCCGAUUCCAAGGCGACGGAGCUUUCCCGCAAAAACGAGAAACCCUUAGCGCUUAUCUUCUUUCUCCAACUAUCUUUACUAUCUUCAUCGGCUCUCGUACUUACGCACUUCGUGCCUCGGCCUCAGGUUAGUUACUGUGCAAUUCUCGAACUAUCUUUACUAUCUUCAUCGGCUCUCGUACUUACGCACUUCGUACCUCGGCCUCAGCUCGUGAAAGGUUAUGAGCCCACCUAGCCUAUCAGCGGCGGGCGACCUCGACGUCCACGGUGACAUGGCAUCAACGCGUCCACCACCGUCAUCAACGUCGUACCAUACCAACGACGUCGCCUCCACUACCUCCGUCACGCUCACUAAAGAGCAAUUCGACGAGCUGAUCAGGAACCAGCGCCCCGCACGGGACGACGACGCAUUCUCCAUGCGUCAGCGCCUACCCCCAGCCAACCCUCCGGUCUUCCCCGACGACUCGAAACUUACGGAGGACAAUUACGUUGACUGGGUCCCCACGAUGCCGCCAUGCCCGCCCUCUUGGGCUGGAUUCAACGCUCGGACGAAUCGAGCGACGGUCCCCGUUGCGAAGGCGGUCGUACCGACCAAACGCUCUGCACCAGGCAAGAAGGGAAAAUGGGAUCGUUCUGGUCCUGCCCCGAGCAACUGCCCAGCUUGUGGUCAAGGCAAACACUGGCUCGACAAGUGUCCGGAAUCGCGCAAGCGAGCCAAGUACCUCGAGCUCAAGAACGCCAUGAAGGAACUCCAAGGCUCAUCAUCGCCUGCGUCCACGUUCGUGGCCACCGAGGCAGCAUCCAAGGAUCAACACCUGUCCGUCGUUUCUUCUGCUACGUUUGUCAACAUCGGGCCACCGGCGGAAAUCCUUCUACUAGACUCGGCGUCGGCGUGCCACGUCGUCAACGAUGCGUCCUUCUUUGACGGCCCCCUUUCGCCUACCCCGCAAGUCCUGCAAGGUCUAGGGGGAACGGUGAAGGCCUCGGGAAUCGGCUCGGUCAAGCUCGUCUCCGAUAAUGGUACCAGGUUCACCCUCAACGACGUGAUCUACGCCCCCGAGAGCCCUGCCAACCUCAUCUCAGUCCGGGCCUUCGACCGCAAAGGCGUUCGCAUCACCUUCGAACACGGACAAGUCGAGCUCCGCACGCCGCAAGGGUGCAUCGCCACAGCAUCAGCCAUCGCGUCCUGCGUUUACAAACUCAACGCUUCGGUCCAAGCUGCCAGCAAAGAUGCGCGACACACGCUCGUUUCCACCAAGUCCAAUAGGCUACCUUUACUUACCCUUCACCGGCGCUACGGCCACGCCUCUGUCCAGACACUUAAAAAACUGGCGGCCUCUGGCCAGGUGGAGGGUUUAGAUUGGCCCUAUAGUGACUUCGAGUGUGAUGGCUUCACCUGCAACGCGUGCCUUGCCUCCAAAGCGCAUCGUUUGCCUUUCCCCUCUUCGUCGUCGCAUGCCGCGGAACCACUCGCAUUGGUGCACUCGGACGUCUUAUCUUUCCCCGAGGAAUCCUUAGGCCAUAAGCGAUACCUCGUCACGUUCAUCGACGACUUCUCGAGGAAGACUUGGGUUUACCCCAUCGGGCACAAGAGCGAGGUCCUUCAGACAUUCAAGGAUUGGCUUCUGGAGAUCGAAAACGCCACGGGUCGCAGGGUCAAAACACUUCGCUCGGACAACGGGGGCGAGUAUGUCUCUACCGCUUUCAACGGCUAUUGCGUGGCCCGCGGAAUUCAUCGCGAAUUGACCAUACCGUACACACCCGAGCAAAACGGUCGGGCUGAGCGAGCCAACCGGUCGAUCGUCGAGGGCACCCUGGCUCUACUGUCUCACUCGGGACUCCCACGAUCGUGCUGGGACGAGGCUGCCAUGUGUUACAUUCACGCCAAGAACCUCUCGCCUCACGCGGCCCUUGGUGGAGCCAUCCCAAACAGUCGUUGGUCGGGCCACACACCAAGCGUAGGGGGUCUUCGGGCAUUCGGUUGUCGCGCUUGGACCACCGUGCCGGCUCACCGACGGGACAAGCUCGACCCAAAAGGGAUCCUCUGGUCUUCGUCGGGUACGAUCGACACGCGAAAGCCUACCGUCUUCUCGAUCCUUCCUCCAUGCGUGUGAGUCUGGGCCGCAAUGUGACGUUCGUAGAAACCGAGUUCCCCUUCGCUAUCGCGCCCACCCGAGUGACGCAGCCGUCCAUCCCGGGUUACGCCCCCCAGCCCCCACCCGUCGAAGCUCCAACACCCGUCGAGCCUCCCCCACGGCCACCGGCCCCAACGCCUGUCGAGGCACCCGCGUCGCCCGCAUCGACCAGCUCGGCCGACAACGACGACGCCUCAUCGACCACGAGCGCAACGACGGAGUCAGCCGUGAACCCGCCGCAACCACCUCCGGAUCCAGCUCCACUCGCCAAAGUCAAGCCGAGUUGGGAGUACGGCGACGUCGCCAAGGUUGGUCCCGAUCCAGGGAAGUACGGUGAAGUCGACGCUCGAAACAUCAUUGAUGGCCCCCGGACUCGCCGCCAACCCGUUCCCACCAUGAUCACGCGGGAACAGCCAGUCGACGGCACCGACGGACCCACCGCCUCUUUCAAGAGCCUGCUCCUUGCCUUCGCAUCCACCAAGGCCGGCUUCGCAGAUCAUGACUUGUCGGUUGUUCGCGAUCCGGCAAAUUGGGGCGACGUCAUCCGAUCGGGACAAGAGGACGUUUGGGGCGCUCCGGCACAGGAUGAAUUCGAUUCGCUUCUGAACGAUUACGAGGUCUUUCAAAUCGUCGAAUCCUGUGAGCUCCCAGCGGGUGAGAUCCUCCUGCGGUCGGGCUGGGUGUUCCGGACUAAACGCAACCAGCAUGGCGACAUCACCGAUCACAAGGCCCGACUUGUUGCUCACGGAUGUGCCCAACGCCCUGGCCUUGACUUCGAGAAGACCUAUGCCCCUGUCGUCAAAUUCACGUCCAUUCGAGCUCUCAUCGCACUCGCCGCGGCCAACGGCUAUCACGUCCAUCAGGCCGACGUCAACAAGGCGUAUUUACACGGCAAACUUGACAAGCCUCUCUACAUGCGCGUCCCUCAGGGCAUAAACCUGCCAGGCAAGAUCCUCAAGCUGUCCAAAUCCAUCUACGGCCUUCGCCAGGCCGGCACCAUCUGGAACGCUGAGAUCGACUCGACUCUGCGGUCCCUCGGAUACGUCCCCACCAGGUCUGACAUCUGUAUCUACCGCCGCGAACACGACGGGCACUCACACUAUAUUGCCUUGUACGUCGACGACUUGCUUUUGGUUGGUCCCUCUACCGCCGAAAUCGAGCGGGUGCUGGACGCGCUGGAACUCGCAUACGGCAUCAAACGUCUCGGACCUGCCGAAUAUAUUCUAGGUAUCCAAGUCAAACGUGGACAAGACGGCUCUAUCACGCUCUCACAAGAGCGCUACCUUCGGGACAUCCUUGCCAGGUUCCAAUUCACCGAUGCCAAGCCGGCAAGUAUUCCAAUGCAGCCAGGUGUCGUCCUUGACUUCGAGGACUUGGCGGCCACUCCUCAGGAUCGUACGCGCUACUUGCAGGCCAUCGGUUCGUUGAUGUACGCCGCAGUUGGAACUCGUCCGGACCUCGCCUUCGUGGUCAGCUACCUCGCUCGCUUCUCCCAGCAGCCUGGCCCGGAGCAUUGAACAGCCAUCAAGCAGGUCCUCCGUUACAUCAAAGGCACGCUGGACUUGGGCCUCACCUAUCGCAAGACCAGCCAACCACUCCGUGGCUACUCGGAUGCGAACUGGGGAGCCUGUCUAACGACCUCACGAUCGACCAUGGGCUACGCGUUCAUCUUGUCCGGAGCCGCUAUUGCUUGGUGCUCCAAACGCGAGCACAGGGUGGCCAAGUCCACUACCGACGCAGAGUACCUCUCUCUUUCGUACACAAGCGGUGAUGCCAUCCACCUGAGCGAACUCCUGGCUGAACUUGGCGCUCCGGUCUCCGGUCCAGUCGUACUCUACGGGGACAACCAAGGUUCGCUGGCUCUUGCGCAGCACCCGACCAACCAUCAGGGGUCUCGUCAUGUUCGCAUCUCGGAACAUUACGUCCGCGAGAGGGUAGCUGAGAAGGAGAUCGAGGUCCGCUACAUCGCCACCGGCGACAUGAUUGCCGAUAUUUUCACCAAAGCCUUGGGUCCCAAGCCGUUCAUCUUCCAUCGGGAGAAUUUGGGUUUGCGAGGUGCAGUGGUAUGA